GUUGGUCGUGGAAGCGAUUACGAGGCCGGUGAGGUUCCUCGUGACCCUCCACAAUAUUCUCGAUUGGAUCGAUAUUCAGCUGAUUUGGGAAACUUGUGGGGCACCCUUGAUCUGUAUUCAUUGAUAGACGAAUAUCUAUCUACCAUUCACAAGAGAGGAUGAGUUUUUAGAGUCUUUCCGUCUAGAGGAAUUUUGUCUAAGAGUUUUUCUCAAAAUGGUCAAUUAUUGGAAUUAAUGGGUUUCACUCUUGAUUCCAACCAAUUUCUGAUCACAUUUGCUUUGUGUUGCCGACUGCAAGAACUUAGAUCUUGAGAAGGGCAUUGAGUAAGUGCAGUCUCAGAUCAUGAUCUCAGGAAUUGCUCUUUUUUCCAUGUUAAGACCAUUUAAUUUUGGGGGUAAAAUUUGUGCAAGAAAUUCUGGGUUGCUGAGUGGGGGGGCUAUCAUAUCAUCCGUCUGUCAUUUUGGGAUAGCAUGGUGUUGGGCCUGGUUGGAGUAAGAUGUGUUAAAAUACCAAUCAUAAUUGACUCAUGGUGAGCGAGGGUUCUCUUAAGAAAUUGAAGGUGAUCAAAUAACAAGCUAGAGACGUAUUGGUCUGCCUGGUUGAGACUAUUGGUAUGAGCUCUAAAUGAACUUACAGGUGCAUUGACCAACGGUUAAGGGCUACCAGCUUUACUCUGGUAUUUGACUCGUAUGAAGUGGAGAUGCCAAUUUAUGUCAUGUGGUGGAUUUUUUCACUGUCUAGAUUUCCAUCUGAGGGAUGCAAUUAUUCUCGUGGAGAGACAUUGAUUGAGCUGUAUUGGUGUAUUAAGGGCCAUCUGAAUCAUGUGUAGCAACUUCUUGAUCUAUUUGUCGGGUUCAUAAAGGGUUGAUUUGCAGGUGAAGUUUGGGAUCUUCACAUUUCAUUUCGUACGACACCCUGCAAAUUAGGGAUUUGUUUCAACUAAAUAUAUGGUAGUGUGAAUGGGCAUAUCAAUGGCACCCGGUGGAUUAAUAGUUGGAUUAACUGGAUUCCUUUCAUCGUAUGAACUCUUACAUAUUUUUUUUGUGGUCAAUGACUGAAGAUAUCAUUGGUCAUUUCAAGAGGAUAUAGUUAAGCCCACUAGAUUCUGCAGAAAAUUAUUCUAGCGGCAUGCAUGGAAAUCCAUUGGUAUAUUUCUGAAAGCCGUAGAGGAACGAACUAUUGUGACCAUGCAAGUAAGAUUUGGAGUUUGAUUUCUGAAUUAACCAAUGAGUAGGAUGGGUGCCAUUGUUUAAUCUGGUUUUUGGAUGCUUCAAUUUGUGUGGAUUUUUUAAUGACGGUUUUUUUCCUGUGAGCUUUUCACUGUGGUCUUACUGAGCCUCCCAGGUGCAAUUCAACUGAAGAAUUCUGUAUUUAAGCAUGGGUUGAUUAUGCUGUGUGAUUAUUUUUGUACGUGUUGUUCAUUUAAGAUUGGGCUAUGGGUGGAUGUCCUUCCUCAUUGCCAGGACAUCACCACACUGAUUUUUUUUUUUUUCUUCAAGACUUGUGCUUUUGGUCUCAUUGCUGGGUUUGUGAAAUUGGAAAUAGAUUACCUGUAGGCUAUGAUAACUCAAAAUGUGGGUUUUACAUGUACUAACACUGGACAUGUGGAAAGAAGGACAUGUGUACGUUGCAAGUUGCUAUGGUUUUGCUAUCUUAUUUGCUUCUAUUAAAGUUUCUGAUGAUAUGGGUGGUAACGUUUUGAACCUAUACGGGCAGUUAUCAUCAGAACUUUCUCUCUUGUCUGCAUCUUUGCACCUUCUAUUGCUCUGUCCACAGAGAGGAGAUGCCAACAAUGAAUGGCAAUGGUUGUCAAUUUGUUUGGAUGGUCCUUUUGCAGUUGUAUCAGGGAAAAUCUUUGGAGAUAUAUGGAUGUUGUACAUCAAAUAAGCUUCCUAUACAAUAUGUUACUUUUCUUAAUAUCUUAUAAAUCCACUACCAUCUUUAUUUCAGGAUAUAGAAUACAUGCAGGUUCAGCUUCUCCAACACGUCAUCGGGAUGAUCAACGGUAUGUUUCUGAUUUUGAUCGUUCUGGUGAUCUCAUGCGGGGCCGUGAAUUUGGAGGCAGGAGCGAUCAUGGUAGAUAUCGGGAGACUUCACCCCAUUACAGUCGAAGAAUAAGUGGUGGCAGGCCAUAUGGGAGAGGUUUUGAUAGUCCUGGACUUGCUCCUGGGCCAUUUAGAGGUGAACGUAGUAAUAAUCCAAAUGUGCGUCCUAGGGAUGGGGAUUGGUAUUGCUCAGAUCCUUUAUGUGACAACCUAAACUUUGGAAGACGAGAAUUUUGUAACAAAUGCAACAGACCCCGCACUGGAGCUGGUGGAAGACCUCGAAGAGGCCAUGUUGGUGGUCCACCAUCCCUGCAUUCUCCUCCUAGACGCUUUACUGCCCACCCAAUUGAACGUUCUCCUGGCAGGACUCCUAAUGAAUAUAGGUCUCCUCCCCGUGCUUGGACCAGGGGUUGUUCCAGGGACAUUGCAGCUGGUGGUCUGGCACCUCAGAGGUAUGAAAACAGGUACUCCGACCUGCGGAGGGAUCGGGUGGAUUAUCUAGAAGACAGCUUCAGAGGAAGGUCCAAGUUCGACAGGCCAAUUCUUUCCGAUUGGCCCCUUAGAGACCAUGAAAGAGAUGAGUUCAUCCCCGAGAGGAAGGGAUUUGAAAGAAGGCCACCAUCCCCACCACUGCCGUUGCUUCCUCAGCGUGGCCGCUGGGCACGUGAUGUGAGAGAGAGGAGCCGCUCCCCAAUUAGAGAUCCAAUUAGAUCUCCAUUGAGAGUCUCGCUUCGGUCUCCACGCGGCCUUCCACCAAAAGACUUCCGUAGAGAUGUGUUUGUCGAAAGGGAGCACAUUUAUAGGCGCGGCCUUGGACAAGAGCGCGAUGGAGGUCCAUUUUAGCGUUGAGAAUUGAGCAGCACCCCGUAAUCUGUGUUUAGAGCCUUGGAAAGAGGAUGUUAAGAAGAGCCUGCUUAAUUUUUUCCCGACAGGCCCUGUGUGUUGGAACCUGCUAAUGGGGUCCUCUAUCUUCUGCCUCCUAUAUUUCGUAUUUCUUCUUAUUAUUAUUGUAUGGUGUAGUUAGUUGUUGACAGCCUUCAAAAAUAUUGAAGUAAAUGGCUUGCAUAUAUACUGUGUAUCUUUGGUUUA